AUGUCCACAGCGCUUUUGGUUUCCGACUUGGCCGUACAAGUUCACCUAUCUGUCCUGUAUCAUCAACAUCAGCAUCGAUAUCGGCUGCGUUAUUCAAGCAACAAGUGCUUGCAGAAUAUUAAGGUCUGCCUUUCACUCCUGGGUACCUGGAGAAAGGGUGACCAGGCUGCACAGUGGCAACCUGAUAUAUCAACCAUCCUGUCCGUCCUCGUCAGCUUGCAGGCCAUGGUGCUUUCGGAAGAUCCGUUCCGCCAGGAACCUGCCAACAACGCCGAGAUAUUAUAUAUCCUAGACGUCAGGCCGCAGAAUAUCAAAUUCGCAAUGAUUGACUGGCUCCGAGAACCGGGCAAGCGAAACGGAGUGUGGAAGGAUGUCGUGAAGACGCAUUUCACCCGUCAACAAGGCGAAGAUCAUGCAGAAGAUGAAUGGUUGGGCGCAGGAGGAUUCGAGGCUUUGGAGCUGGAGCCAGCCUCCGGAGAGAACAAUCAAGGAUUAGACUCUGCAGUUGAGCGAACUGGUAGCAAAAAUGAGCGCCUCACUAGUCUGUCAACGGCGGCCGUUCUUCGGGCUUCUGCAACCAAAAAGAGAACAGCCACAGCAUCAAUCGUCAUCGAUCUUGCUUCUUUGAUCUGCUUUGGAAUCGGCCCCACGCGCAUCACAAGCGGCCCACCAGCCAUCCAUUUGCCCAAGUCCUCAGUGGAGAACGCAAACUUGGCCUCCGCAGUAUGGAAUGGGGUUCCAAAAAUUUUUGCCCCACCCCCAUAA